AGAUAGCAAAACCAGCUCGCUCUCUGUAAAAAGGAACUGUUUUCUUAUUGUGUUUCAUUUCAUCUAUACCGCACUGGAGGACAAACAACUAAACUUUAGCGUGUAGUUCCUGUUUCCAGAGUCUCAAGUUGAGACGGAUGAGGAGGACAUGAAGCCAGUCUGCUCUCUGUAAGUGUUCCUGACGUUCACGCACCUCCAUCAGCAUGAAUUUAACGCUGCUCUGCUCAUACGCCCACAGAUACAGCUUGGCCUUGGUCAUGACCUUGGUGCUGGUAACAGCUACAGAUGAUGACAGCGGCCCACCGACGAAUAUCACGGCUGUUUUGGGUGACACCACUACAUUCAGAUGCCACAUUCAGAAGCACGGGAUUCCUGUUACGCGCUUGUACAUACAGAGAGUUCUUAAAGACAGUCAAGAGAUAUUCAUCAACGGUUUUGAUUCAACCAGAAAGUUGGAUGCUUCUCCUGAGUACCAGAACAGAACCAAAGUGAACAAAACAGACCUCAGCAUGGAAAUGACAAAUGUCUCCGUUUCUGAUGAAGGAUUGUACAAAUGUGUUGUUUUUUUCAGCACGGUGCUCAAAGAAAUGCCUAAGAUCUAUCUCAAAGUCACAGCCAAUUACAGCAUUCCCACAAUGGAGAAAAAGUGCAGUAAACACGGCGACGGCGCUGCUGGGAAGAGCUGUCAGCUGAGCUGCUCGUCGGUGGGCGGUUACCCGCAGAGUGCUGUGAAGUGGGCGGGGCUUAAUCUUAGUCUGAUAAAUGUCAUUCACAACGAGAGUUCAGAAAAUCCGUACUCCAAAACAUGGACCAUCAACCAAACCAUCAUGUACAACUGUGACCAACCAACCAAUGUCAGCUGUGCCGUAGAAGGCGCCGUUUCCCCCGCUUUCUCCAUAUGUGAAAAAGAACCUUUUUCAAUCAAAGUGAUGAUAGCUAUUGUCGUCGUGCUUGUGUUUGUCCUACUGUUAAUUCUUGUCCUCGUGUUGAUGAAUCAUUACUACAGACAACAAACAUCUUCCUCAGGGGGUAGAGCUGAGUAUGCUAUCGCCCAAUCAGACGACUGCCAUUUACAGCUCAAGAGCGUCUGAGACGUGACGACAACUAAACAUUAAGGAGAUGGGACAAGAUUUUCCGCCAUUGUGGAAGUGCUUCAACUCCCAGAUGGACCAAGGGCAGAUUGUCCAGCUGAACGUUGUGUCUUUAAAGUGGCUUUACUGCUGAAUUUGCCAGCAGGUCGUCCUGGCACAUUUGAACAAGCGUUUACCCAGUCAUUCAUUAGGAAAAGCACAUUGUUUCCUCAACAUCCUGAAGCUGCAGUGGGUUUGUUUUUAUCACAGAGACGUUUCAGCACGAAAAGAGUGAUUCAUAACGGUGCUUAUUAAAAAAUUCAAACUCUUCAAGAAAAGUAGAAAAUUGCUCUAUAUACUCCAAUAUGUCCUGUAUUUACAUCUUAUAGUAUUUCAAACCGUGCCACUUUAUUCCAAGGAAUGGGAAUUAUAAAGUUCAGAUAUUUUAAAGGCUGAACUGAAGUAAAUAGUCUGAUUUGGGCCAGUUAUAUGGUUGGUAAAAUAACCAAGACAGUUGUGAUGACUGUUGUUUAUGUUCAUUUAAGAAUGUUAUUGAAAUGGUCUUUACACUGUUCAUUCUAAAGGGACAUUUAAUUUGCUUUUAGAAGCUGAUUCAUUGAAGCUUUAUUUUUUAAAGCCAGUUCUCAGAGAUGAGCUCAAGAAACAUAACUCAUAGAAAUCAAAUACUGCAACUGUUACAUGAUUAUGCUGGCCGUUCCCCAGAGAUUUGAUGUUUACUGUCACAUUACAGUAAAAUGUGAUGUGCGCAUCAGUCUGUUCAUGUGUAUGGAACUGACUAAUAUACUUUUCUACACCACCUCACAGACACUUACUGAUAUUUAUGCAGCGUUCAAUAAUAUUUUUUUUAUGGUGAAACUGUUCUCAGGGUGAGAGUAACGUGAUGGGCUAUUUAAUUUUCUAUUAAAAUAAAUUCUGUUUCUUAUGGAAAUGUCUAAUGCACUUUGCUUUCUGACUGCUUGAAAAAGACUUUUUUACUGUUUAUUCUGUAAUUUAUAAUUAAAUUAUUCUGUGUAUUUCUUAAUACAAGAUGAAAUUAAAAAAAAUCACUUAUA